GUUAAGAAUAUAACUAUGACCCAUACUACUGUUCCUAAUUUACAUUAAUGAUAUUGACACCAGUGCAUACAGUAAACUGGUUAAAUUUGCAGGCGACACCAAGGUGGGUGGUGUAGCAGAUACUGGUCUAGCAGCGGAGAGGCUAUAACGGGAUCUGGAUUUAAUUAGCUACUGGGCUGAUACCUGGCAGUUUAAAUUUAACAUUGAUAAAUGUAAGGUAAUCCAUGCAGGGAGCAGAAAUAUAAAAUACAGAUAUUUUAUGGGUUCCACUGAAAUAAAGGUAACUGAUCAUGAGAAAGCCCUCGGUGUGUAUGUUGAUGCUUCCAUGUCCCACUCUCGCCAGUGUGGGGAAGCAAUAAAAAGGCCAAUAGGAUACAUUAAGCAGGGAAAAAGUGGGGAGUUUGUGGGUGUUAAUAUUGCGGGGUGACGUUCCUAUUAUGCCCGAUGCGCCUGCGUGUGUGCGGGGUUUUAAAUGUGUUCUUUUCCUAUGAGUGAAAUGUUUUUUGUUUCAUGUUAGAGUUAAGUUGUUUAUGCACUGAAUGUAUUAGUGUGGCAUUCUGUUCAGUAGAAUUUAACAAAUUGUAUUGUCCUGACGAGUACUGUUAUGGGGUGGGUUUUUUUAUUUUGGCCAAUCAUAUCUGUUUGAGAGAUUCCCGGAAAAAGAGGUGCACGUGCGCGGCGGCUGUGGAGUUUGUGCGGAAAGCCCAUACAUGAUUCUUUUACCCAGGACAAAACAGAAGGAGGCUGGAUAGCUCGGCGAACUGGUCGUAUUUGGGGUUCGGACUGUAACAUUAAUAAUUCGACCUUCACCUGGGUUUGUUGGGUUGCUGGACAGUCGCGGGGAGCAGGGUUAAGAUCAGUGAAAUUAAACUGCGUCAGCUGCCUGAAGUACAGCGAAGUUAAACUACCUGCACCAUCCGCCGAAGCUAGUGGGACCUCCGCUGGUUUUGGACCGAAACACUAGCCGGAGAAGUGGAUCAUUGUGCUUGCUGGACGUGGGCUUCUUCAUCGCUCUGGAGGUGUGAGCACUCCUGUUCAGUAAGAGCUCCAACGUGCACCAACCAGCCGGCAUAAAGGGAUGAUGUUCAGGCUUCUGCUGAUCCUCUGCCUUGGUCACUGUCUCCCUGCUGUCUUAGGGACAGAUUCAAGUUUCAACUGUCAUGUCGGAGGCACUGUCACUCUGCCCUGUGAUGGACCAGCAGCUACAGACACCAAUGAGGUUCAUGUUAUGUGGAUGUUUGAAGGCAGGCCUGCCUGUGAAUAUGAAAAUGGGAGCUGGUGUGAAAUUGGUCAUCAUGUGAAUCGAACUCGGCUUGGAUCCAUCCAACAGAACAACUUCUCUUUGGCAAUUAAUCCUGUCAGAAAAGAGGAUGACGGGGCGUAUGAGUGUCGAAUCAAUAGGACAGAUAUAAAAAGCAUUCGCCUCAAUGUUGAAGGUAAGUGACCCUUCUGAUGGUUCCCCUUCCCCCUUAAACCCCCUGAGACCCGUCUCUGUGGGGCAGAGCCUCCUACAGCUCAGUCUGCCCCCCGACCCGCAUGAACAGAACCGUGACCCAGAAGCUGAGAGCAGUAGGGAGCUCUCUGCAGGCCGCCUUUAUCCCCCGGCCCCCAGCUCUCUGCAGGCCGCCUUUAUCCCCCGGCUCUCUGCAGGCCGCCUUUAUCCCCCGGCUCUCUGCAGGCCGCCUUUAUCCCCCGGCCCCCAGCUCUCUGCAGGCCGCCUUUAUCCCCCGGCUCUCUGCAGGCCGCCUUUAUCCCCCGGCCCCCAGCUCUCUGCAGGCCGCCUUUAUCCCCCGGCUCUCUGCAGGCCGCCUUUAUCCCCCGGCCCCAGCUCUCUGCAGGCCGCCUUUAUCCCCCGGCCCCCAGCUCUCCGCAGGCCGCCUUUAUCCCCCGGCCCCCAGCUCUCUGCAGGCCGCCUUUAUCCCCCGGCUCUCUGCAGGCCGCCUUUAUCCCCCGGCUCUCUGCAGGCCGCCUUUAUCCCCCGGCCCCCAGCUCUCUGCAGGCCGCCUUUAUCCCCCGGCUCUCUGCAGGCCGCCUUUAUCCCCCGGCCCCCAGCUCUCUGCAGGCCGCCUUUAUCCCCCGGCUCUCUGCAGGCCGCCUUUAUCCCCCGGCCCCAGCUCUCUGCAGGCCGCCUUUAUCCCCCGGCCCCCAGCUCUCCGCAGGCCGCCUUUAUCCCCCGGCCCCCAGCUCUCUGCAGGCCGCCUUUAUCCCUCGGCCCCCAGCUCUCUGCAGGCCGCUUUUAUCUCUCGGCCCCCAGCUCUCUGCAGGCCGCCUUUAUCUCUCGGCCCCCAGCUCUCUGCAGGCCGCCUUUAUCCCCCGGCCCCCAGCUCUCUGCAGGCCGCCUUUAUCCCCCGGCCCCCAGCUCUCUGCUGCUACCCUGCAUCUCACACGCACUGCUGCCGCUCCGAGUUACAGGCUCACGCUGACUCUGCUGCUUCUGUUUCAGGUAUCCCUGCAGGAGACCGGAAGCAAAAGGAUGCAGAGACACGCCAUAGAAGUGCAGAUCCUGUUUGCAGGCCAUACAGAGAGAGAGAAGAUCCUCCAGAGUCCAAAACCAAAGACAAACAGGAUUCUGAUGAAAACCCUCCAGAGGCGUCUUCGGGAGGAAACUGGGUGAUUGUGGGGAUCGUGGUGGCUGUGGUGGCUGUAGUGGGGGCUGCAGUUUUGAUCAAAAGACUGUGGAAUCGACAAGGAGAUGAAAAUCUGCCUGAUCCGGGACCAUCUGAACAUCCCCUGAUUAAUGCUGCCUCUGGCCCUGUUGGGGACAGCAGUGCUGAGAGGAUGGAGGAACUAGAGAAAACAGGCUGAAUAAUAACUCGGGUCAAGUCAGGUUGAGGAGCAUGCGUUGAGGCAGCACAUUGCCUCCCACCACACGACAAAACUCCUCGGGAUCCCGGUCAGCGAUGCCCCAGGCAGACACACCCGCCGGUAAUGGCCAUCCAUCUGCCACAGCCAGGUGUUAUGAUCCCGCGACGAUCCUGCGAGCUGGGUCACGCUGAGGGAAACGCAGGCAUAUUGGGUCUGUUAUGUCUCAGGCCUUCAGCAAGAAGAGAUUGUUUUGAGUACUGUGUGACCUCGCUUCGCGAUAGCUGCCUGCAGUCAGUUCCGCAGACCCUGAGGAAAGUUCGGACCUUGGAGAGACAGACAGCGGAACAAAAGGGGGGGGAGAAACCACCUGCAGGGAGAGAUUUGAAGCUGCCCCAGCUGGUGCACAGCGAGUUAUAGCUUUAUAGAAUAGGUGCAGUAGACAAUAUACAUGUUAUGCGGUAGUGCAAAUGUAUAAGUAAUUAUGUUAAUCAUAUGUUAACCAUGUAUUUGCAGUGAUUCAGUAACAAUGUGUUAAUCAUUAAUCAAUGGAAUGGAUUGGAUUUCAAUAGUUUUGUACGUUUAUUUUUUAUUUAUUUAAAUGUUGAUCAGGUUUUCUUCUAAA